AUGGCCCCUAUUACUGUUGAUGAGCUCCAUCUAUUUCACAGAAUGGACCGUGAAGUUUUCUCUUGCUUGGUCAUCAAAUUGACUCGUGACCCGGCACAAUCCCUUCUAGUCAUGGCCUUAUGGCUUUGGUUAGAAAAUACUGGAUACACGAAUAUUAUUUCAAAAUUGGUUGGUCUCUCUGACAAUUUGAUCAAUGCUUUAGCUAAUGAAGCUGUGACUUGCUUGAAGUGGUUGGAGUUAGAAAAUACUUGCAUCCCUAAUGCAGGUUGCCUGCCUCUAACCACAAUCUUAAUGCAAAGGGAAAUCUCUCUUCAACUCCUUAUUCAUAAAAGGUUCACUGUCAUAGCCGGUAUUAAAUGUAUUCUCAAUAAAGUUUGUGCUCGAAUUUUUAUUGAUAUUUUACAAAAUAUUUUGGAUAGCACUAGCACUAGCACAUCACAACCUAGCCCUUAUAGACCCUUGCUUGUCCCUGGUUUCCCUCACCCAUUAUUUGGUACCUUUACCGUACCACCACUAAUUUUUGAUGAAUUAGAUUUGUCUGACAUGAGGAUAUGGGAUGAUAAACGACCAUCUUAUGAUGUUACUGAUGAUGACAAAACUAUGUUUCUGACAUUUUCUAGGGGCUUCCCAGUAACAGAAGAGGAGGUGAGGCAUCUAUUUAGAAGCAGUUAUGGGGAUUGUAUCAAGGUUAUAAACAUGGGGAAUGGAGACAUAGUUGAACAAGUUAUGUUUGCCACAAUGGUUCUGAAAAAUGUGGAAACAAUUGAUCAAAUUUUGAAUGGGAAACGCAUUGCAAAGUUUCGGGUCAAUGGAAAACACAUAUGGGCUCGCAAGUAUGAGCGUCGAGAUUGA